AUGACGAUGGAGGAGUCUUACGACGAGGUGGAGAAGCUGCUGGAGGAGCACAAACGACAGCGUAAAGAGUCGAAACCUCGGCGAGUUGAGGCACUGUCUACGCUUAGUGAGCAAUCGCCGUUGCCACGUCACACGUUCGUAUUUGCCCCAUUAAACGACGCGCGGAUGCUAUCGGAGAUGUCGGCGCAGGAGGCGAUGGACGCGCGUGAAGGCUUUUCAAAGAGUGAAGCGGACAUGGACCUCGAGCGUGACGUCGGCGGGCCCACGAGAAUGAAGUACUUUGGGCCGGAGGCGAGAGCUUCGUAUUAUCGGUUGUACAGGGAUUUACACAGCAAGCCGCAGCUUUUCGUUGAUCGCGAUGCCCACGAGCAUCAAAAUCUAGGAACUCUGCGGAGCAACUCGAGUGUUACCGGUAUGAGACGCUUCUCUGGUCUGAGGCGGUCACUGCCAACGUUAGAACAAGCGCAGAUCUCCUUGGGCGGAGGCGACAUGAGCCCCAUGUCGGCUGUCCCGCGCUCACCACGCGCUCUCUUUCUGGGCGCGUGUUUGGCGGGGAGUCAAGCCCCUCUGACGCUUCUGCUGCGGAAGGAGCACAACAAACGCGCCUUCGACUUCAGCCACCAAGGACUGGACGACAACUUCAUAGUGCGCUUCGCUGCGUGCCUACCCGAGCUGCCUCUCGUCGAGUCGAUCAACGUGUGCGAUAACCGGUUAACCGACGCAGGGAUUAGCUGCUUGCUGCGUGCUCUGGAGAACAAGCCGCACCUCACGUCGCUCGAUGUGUCGUCGAACCCAAUGGGGAUCGAUGCGGCCAACGUGCUUCGUGGAUACAUCCGCUCCAACCUCUGCACACUGCGCGUGCUGGCGCUUAACGAAAUAUCCCUAAGCGACCAGGAAUGCGCCCGGUUAGCGAAGGCUUUGGAGCACAACAAGUCCAUUGAGCGACUCUUAAUACGCGGGAAUCAGGUUGGGCUGCAAGUUCUUGCGUCCAAAGUGAAGAAUCCGGUAGAUGAAGUGGACGAAGAUGAAGAAGAAGACGAUGACGACAAACCCAAGAAAGCUGUGACGGGUGGUCAGGCUCUUGGAACAAUGCUCGCUGCCAACCUGACGCUGCAGCACAUUGAUCUCGCGUGGAACCAGCUGCGCGCAGCAGGAACGGCCUUUAUCGCUGCAGCCCUACCGAUGAAUUAUCAACUGCGAGAGCUCGACUUGAGCUACAACUCACUUGGAAAUAAAGGGGCGUUGUCGCUCGCUCACGCGUUGCGGUCUGGUGCUCGCUUGAGAAGACUCACGCUGAGUUACAACGGCAUCUCACCACGCGGUGGCGUGGGCCUCGCUAGUGGUCUGGCAGUCAACUCGUCACUAGCGAUGCUCGUUCUCGAUGGAAAUCCCCUUGGGGCUCAGGGUGGGAAGGCGUUAAUGCAUGCGAGCUGCGCGCCUCGACCAGCAGUUAGCGCUGCAUCAAGUGCGUGCCAACUAUCGCUUCAAGACUGCAGCUUGAACGUAUCAGCGCCCGCCAUGUCCGCUACUGGGGACGAGCAGUUGCAUGUCUUCAACCCGGCGGACCCGGCAGGCAGCUACGUGCUCGACCUCAGCGACGCGUACGAGCACAUGGUCGCGCACGAGCUGCUUCGUCUCGCAAUAUCGCAGUGUGGGCGCUAUCACUUCACGCGCCUCGAGUACGCGGCCUCGGCUCAAAAUCGGGGACAAGUUACCAAGCUGGAAUUGGUUAAGCGCCGUAUUCAGCCCUCGUUGUCACAACCAGAGGAGGUUUCAGCCGAAAUCAAUAGCAGAAAGACAGGAAACCAGGCGCUUAACCCCGUGGCAGUGCUGUUCCGGCGUCUGGACGAGGACGGAUCGGGUACCGUCGAGCUCGCCGAGCUUGAAACUGUUCUACGCAGCUGUGGCCUCGAAUUCGCCGACCUGUUUGCUCGUGUCGGCUUUGGCUUCGUAGACUCGGACGGGUCUGGAUCGCUGGAUGUCGAUGAACUACGGCGAGUCUUUCAGCUACUUGGCGUGAACGAGGAAGCCGAGACGAACGACGCUAUCGCGAGAAUGCUAGCCAAGUACGACCUGGACGGGUCGGGCGAGAUCGACGCGUAUGAGUUCCUCGAGUUCAUGACCUCGGAAAUGUUCGCUGUGCCUGACGACCCCCAAAAGGACAAAGAGAGGGAGGAGGCGAAGCUGAUGCGACUGGAGCCCUGUGAAGUUGGAUCCGGGGCGGUUUGGCAGAUCCCGAACACUGGACAACUCACCGCCGACUUAGCUCACAGCGGUGGGGGCAUUGACCAGACGGAGUUUCUACACACUGUGCUGACCGAGUCUGGAAUGUAUUUGUCCUCUGCACAAGGGGAACAACUGCUAGCUCGACAGAGAAUAACCUCGUCAGUAGUUCGGCCUGGACGGCGAUUGGCGGCGUUGGCGAGGCUUCUGCCCCGGGUUAUCGACCAUCGUGAAGCGGCCAGCUUGGUG